GUGACGCAACAGGGCCCCGUUGAUAAGGAGCGGAGAGUCCAACCGGGACCUGAGAAGGAGGAACGGUGGUUUUGGGGGGCCAGCAAACACUCGCCUAUCAUCAGUCAACGUAAAGCCAACUCCUCCUCUUCUGCUGUUACGCACAUGUAUGCAGCCUUCUUGGCAAAAGACAAAACAUUAACCAAACAGACUACUGUAAAGGAAAGCUGCUUUUCCCAGACCGCCAGCGGGAUUUUAAGGCCGAGCGCUGCUGUUUUCUAUUUUUUUCUGAAAAGCAAAAGUAGUUUGAGGGACAUAAAUCAGCUGCUGUAAGCAUCAACUUGGACUGUUGAACCCGGAGGAGGGAAGGAAACCUUUCUCACAGGCUCACUGUCAGCUUUUUUGGACAUAUCUUUUUUUUUGUUCUUUCUGACUGUGAUGCAUGACGCCGCUGCCCGGCUCUGACUGUGCAAUUGUACAGAGCUACUUAUUGUUCUGCAGGAAAAGGAGAGAAAUUGUCCAAUGCCUUGCACACUAUCGAAAUUCUAAAAUAUUACUCCCGGCGAGGAGGAGGUAUCGGUGCUGAGACCCAUGCAGCGGGGCUUCCAUAGUUGGUAUGUUUAUUCACCGUAAAUGGAAAAUAAAAUAUAGAGGAAGCAAUUCGUACUAAGAAAGAAUUAACAUCAAACCUGAUAGAAAAUUGAUUCCAGUAAGACAGACGAAAUCUGUGUGGUUAUUUAUGAAUUAAUCAUACCUUAUUAAUAAUGAGAGCUGCAGAGAUUCGGAUGACGGUUUCCAUUGGCAGAUGAGACGUAGUGUGGAGAACACGUGUCCAAUUUUUCCCUCAUAUUUUUUCCUCCCUGAUCUGGAUUUCUCACUUGUCACGGCAAGAAAGGAAAACCUAAAAAAGCGAAAAUUUUGAGUGGCGUUAUUGCGCAGAGACUUGCCUCUGAUGGACAUCUUGGCUUGCAGAUCCGAAGAGAACAGUUAUAAUAUCCUCCCCUCGGCGGCAACCAUGCUUUUCCAUGGCCUCCCUGGAGGCGACGUGCACGGUGUGGUGGAAGAAAUGGACCGGAGAGGAAAGAGCGAGUCAGCAGCCAUCAGCUCGGCCAUCGAUAUGGGGGAAUCAGAGACGUCCUUACCAUGUAUGACCAGCGAGCGGGUGGCUCUGUGCGCGGGCUGUGGCAGGAAGAUCGCGGACCGCUACUACCUGCUGGCAGUGGACAAACAGUGGCACAUGCGCUGCCUCAAGUGCUGCGAGUGCAAACUCAACCUGGAGUCUGAGCUCACCUGCUUCAGCAAGGACGGCAGCAUCUACUGCAAGGAAGACUACUACAGAAGAUUUUCGGUGCAGAGAUGCGCUCGGUGCCAUCUGGGGAUCUCAGCCUCGGAGAUGGUGAUGCGGGCCCGAGACCUUGUCUACCACCUGAACUGCUUCACGUGCACCACUUGCAGCAAGAUGCUCACCACUGGGGACCACUUUGGCAUGAAGGACAGUCUGGUGUACUGUCGGCUGCACUUUGAGACUCUCAUCCAGGGUGAAUAUCAGACACAUUUUAACCACGCGGACGUUGUCCCACACAAAGGCCUGGGCCCGGCCAACACGCUCGGACUAUCCUACUUCAACGGCGUGGGGACAGUGCAGAAAGGCCGGCCCAGGAAAAGGAAAAGCCCGGGGCCGGGGGCCGAGCUGGCGGCUUAUAACGCAGCGCUGAGCUGUAAUGAGAAUGAUGGUGAGUCCAUGGACCGGGACUCCCAGUACAGCUCCAGUCAGAAGACCAAGCGCAUGCGGACGUCCUUCAAGCACCACCAGCUGAGGACCAUGAAGUCCUACUUCGCCAUAAACCACAACCCAGACGCCAAGGACCUCAAGCAGCUUGCCCAGAAGACCGGCCUGACCAAGCGGGUCUUACAGGUUUGGUUCCAAAACGCUCGGGCCAAGUUCAGGCGCAACCUGCUCCGGCAGGAGAGCACCGGGGUGGACAAGGCAUCUGAUGGCUCCACGCUGCAAGGUGGGACGCCGUCAGGCCCGGCCUCAGAGAUCUCCAACGCCUCCAUGAGCCCCUCUAGCACUCCCACCACCCUAACAGACUUGACCAACCCCACCAUGCCCACCGUCACCUCCGUGCUCACCUCAGUGCCGGGCGGCAUGGACGUCCACGAGUGCCGGAGCCCGUCACAGACCACACUGACCAGCCUCUUCUGAUGGAUGGAGCCCUUCACCCCAGCCUCACUCUAGCCCUUCCUCUCUCACCUCUGCUCCACCUUACUGGAUCUAAAACUGAGCACUGUUAAAAACAUUAAACGGAUUAGAAAAGAGAAGGUAACGGAAACAUUAAAAAAAAGAUUUAAUUUCGCUCUGAGCCCAUUAGAGACUAUUUGCAUAGUGAGGCGGCCAGGCCUUACAGAUGGAACAGUUGUUGUUAUUUUGAUGUUGUCUUGUUGAGAACUGAGGAGACUUGAUUUGCAUUUUUCAAUGUUUACAGAAAGAGACUGUGGGAAAAAAGAAACUGCUUAAUUUUUAAUUAAUUAAUUUUUUCCAGCACAGUAUUUAUGUUGUUGUACAAGAGUCACUGUUAGAAGGACUGUAAAAAAAUCUUUUUUGAAAAUCUGAGAUUAAACACAGGUUACAAUAUCCUA